ACAACUCAACCAGCGCUUCGGUUGUUGCUUUGCGUCGCUUCCCGCGGGGAACUGUUUGAAGGGUAGGGGAAACUUUGAAAGUUGGAAGCUGCAGACCCGGUUCUUUUUCUUACUGCAGCUGAAGGUAUGGGUAGCAAGAAACUGAGACGAGUGGGUUUAUCACAAGAGCUGUGUGAUCGUCUGAACAGACAUCAGAUUGUUACCUGUCAGGACUUUCUAUGUCUUUCUCCACUGGAGCUUAUGAAGAUGACUGGCCUUAGUUAUCAAGGUGUCCAGGAACUUUUGUGUGUGGUGAGCAGGGCCUGUGCCCCACGGAUGCAAACGGCUUAUGAGAUGAAGGCACAGAGGUCUGCUGCUCCCUCGCCGGCAUUCUUAUCUACAACCCUUUCUGCUUUGGAUGCAGCCCUGCAUGGUGGUGUGGCUUGUGGCUCCCUCACGGAGAUUACAGGUCCACCAGGUUGUGGAAAAACUCAGUUCUGUAUAAUGAUGAGCAUUUUGGCAACAUUACCUACCAACAUGGGAGGAUUAGAAGGAGCUGUUGUGUACAUUGACACAGAGUCAGCAUUCAGUGCUGAAAGACUGGUUGAAAUAGCAGAAUCUCGUUUUCCCACAUACUUUAAUAAUGAAGAAAAAUUACUUUUGACAAGCAGUAAAGUUCAUCUUUAUCGGGAACUCACUUGUGAUGAAGUUCUACAAAGGAUUCAAUCCUUGGAAGAAGAAAUUAUUUCAAAAGGAGUUAAACUUGUAAUUAUUGAUUCUGUUGCUUCUGUGGUAAGAAAAGAGUUUGAUACACAACUUCAGGGCAACUUGAGAGAAAGGAACAAGUUUUUGGCAAGAGAAGCAGCCUCUUUGAAGUAUUUGGCUGAGGAAUUUUCAAUCCCAGUUAUCUUGACGAAUCAAAUUACAACCCAUCUGAGCGGAGCCCUAGCUUCUCAGGCAGACCUGGUGUCUCCAGCUGAUGAUUUGUCCCCGUCUAAAGACACUUCUGGGUCCAGUUGUGUGACAGCUGCACUAGGAAACACCUGGAGUCACUGUGUGAACACCCGGCUGAUUCUCCAGGACCUUGGUUCAGAGCGAAGACAGAUCCUCAUCGCCAAGUCCCCUGUGGCUCCCUUCACCACACUUGUCUACACCAUCGAGAAGGAAGGCCUGGUUCUUCAAGGUACUACCUCAUUUAAUCCCCACAACUCCAGGAAGAGCCCUGUGAAGAAUAAGUACCAGUCCAUUUCACAGGCCACCUCAGGGCAACUGAUUAGUGUGUCCUCCCAGAUUCGGAUUCUGAAAGCUAGCGCUGGCCUCGGCCUCAGGCCUGUCCCUCCAGAAAACCCGAACAGCCUCAUGUCCAUCAGGACCUGUGGGUCUGGGAAGGUUUCGCUGCCUGAUGGAGGGAGAGCUGGGACCGCAGUCAGCCCGCAUCUCGUCAAACUGCCCGGCCAGCUGGCCUGCCCCAGGCUCAGGUGGGGCCAAGGUGACAGCUGUUAAAAAAUGGAACCAGUUCUCCACGGUGACUCAUCUGUCGUAACUGGGUUAAAGUCCACUUAGAGAAAAGGAGAACAAAAGACCUCCUGUUAGUGCUGGAAGUUUGCCUCUUAAGAUAUCACUGAGAGGAACUGGGAAGAAAAAAAGCCCAGCAGGGCAGAGGAAGCUGCGGGCCUUCAGGAACACAGCGGCACUUUGGAAAGGCAAACACUGCGGCGCUCACCUCCAGCGCCCUGUCUGCGCGGCCGCUCCCUCGGCUGCUGUGUUGGGGGGGACCCACGGCGGGCCAGGGCCCUGUCCCCACACUGUCUGAACACAGGGAGGCUGCCAGGAGCUGUGGCAGUGUGGGCCAGGCUCCAGAGCCAACCAAAACUCAGGCCAAGAAGGAUGGUGAUGAUAUGGGACUAAAAUAGAGAACUUGAGUGCCCGACUCUUCGGACAUUAUAUACCGUAACUCAUUUCACAAACACCCAGGAGGCUGGCACGCUAGCUCCCCAGGUGCAGCGGGAGGAGAUGCCAUGAGGCAGAAGCCUGGCCCCGCCCUCUUUGGGAAACCCGCUGGCCUCAGUGCUGCUAGAGAAACCACGAGGCUUGUAGGCUCCCAAGUGGAGCAGGACCCGAUUUCCAAGGGGCAUCUUCCAGGGUGCAGACUCAGGCCAUCUGACUCCAAGACCCAAGGACUCACCCUUUAGUCUCUGCAAAUGGAUAAAGAAAGUUGGAGAAAGCCAAGACUUUACAGCUCUUUUCCCACAGCCCUCCAUCCGAGCAGCCCCGCUGACGUUCAGCCUGUACUGUGACCUUUACCAAUCAGCUCUCUAUCAGCCACUCAGACCAUGGGUGGGCCCUCUUCACCUUUAUUGUAAGAAGCUGGAAUUUCUCUGUUCCAUGGCUAUGAAAGAGAGAUAAAAGAAAAAGAAGACAGAAAUUCCCCAAAAGUCGCAAGUCCUUUCUCUAUUCAGAAGCUCUUCACGUCACCCUCUUCCUUCCCAGGGGCCUGCUGGUCCCCUGGAGAUUAGGCCUUGGCUGUGGGUCCCAGGCCUCUGCCCUGCAGGUGCCUGGGCCUUCUGGAUCUCCCAAUUCAAAUAGUCCACCCUAAUCAUUCUAUUUCCCGAACGACAUGUUUUUGGUAAUUUCUGACCAAACAUCAAGGAUUCUUCAACAGCAACCUCACAAUGAAAGUGUUAUUGUGCUAAGCUGCCCUGUCGUUCCUCAUGAAUAUCCUUGUUCCUUGGCAUGGGACAGACGGGUGUGGGAAACUGCCUGCAUGCUGUGGUAGGCGCCAUAGUUAAGCUGAUCCUAUGCAGGGCUGGUCCUCCGGUUUUCUGUACGCUGCUCUGUGACUUUGAGGGGAUUAGUCCCACUAACAAGCAAGGCCCCCACAAACAAUGGGUGGAGGGGAAGCUCAAAAGAAGCGGAUCCAAUGGUCUUUGGGACGCCUCUCACUUUGGCUGGCCUCACGGGGAUCAGGCCCCUGGUGAAAUCACUAGAGAUUUGGGCCUUAAUUAAACCCUGGCUUUGGGCCAACAUGCCGGUGGCCCCUUGAAUUUCCCAGGUCCACCCAAGUGGUAUAAACACCAGACUGAGAAUGUGAACCACUUAGCUGAUCCUGCAAGAGCCAGUCCUCAUUAGCUAAGAGCCUGAGCAGUGCCAGCUCAUAGGCCCAAUCCCGGAAGCACAGCGUGACUUUAAGUUAAUGGUCCCUACGUCUGCACUCUUGGGGGAUGCAGCUGGGGGGGGUGCUUUGCAGACCACCUCCACCUUUGGGGUCUUUGGGAUUCCCUUCUUUUCCUGGCCUGAUAAAGCCCAAACUCACCACCAGAGGUGACCACAUCAUCCUUUUAGUGGGCUGUCCUUGAUUACUCUUCACACUUGGAGAUCAUUUUGCUUCUGAACAAUGGCUGGAAAUUGCACUGCCCGAAGCAUAAGGAUUGGAGAUAUUUCCUUACUUGAAGGCGCUUAGGAAUUUCUUUUUUUUUUCUUUUUAACUGGGAGUUUCUUGUGUGAGGGAACCUACAAAACAAACAGGACAACUGCUUGCUUUCUUGA